UCACAUCAAUAUGUUUGUUUCCUCCUCCAUUUCGACGUUGCACUUCCUGAAAAAGUUGUCCAGAGUGAGCAUCGAUGCAGACUCGCUAUUUAAGGGCUGAACAGUCCACUCCCCCUCCGCACUACGCAGUUUGGGACGGACACGCGCAAACGGAGGGGUCGUGUGUAGGGGGCGGUUUGGGAUUCAGCCCGGCAUUCAGCCGAGAUAUUUGAUAGCCGUACUUCCGGUUUUUGUCGUCGGAGGUUUGAAAUGCAUUAUGGGAAACGUAGUAGUAUACUACAGUGUGAACGGUUGGCAUUCUAAUCAUACUUAUAGUACGUAGUAUACAGUAUAUACUCAUUGAGUAUGUAGUAUGUAGUACGUUAGUAUGCCAUUUCGGACACAGCCGAUGUCUUUAAAACUCUCCCACAAUGCACUUCUGCAUCAGCUAUCAACUCCCUCUUCCGGGUUUGUCCAAGCCGCCUCCACGUGAGCCGGACUUCUGCAGUCAUGACAACAAACUCGGUCACUUUAAACGGAGUUGAGGAUGAGGAGUUCCGAGCCUUCGUGGAGCUGCACGCCGGAGCCCUGCAGUCCUCAGGACUCCCCCAGACCUACUGGAGGAGCCUUCACCACAAAAUCACCAACGAGAUUUAUGAUGCUGGGGAAGUUUUUGGAAUAAUGCAGUUCCCACAAGAAGAUGACGAGGAGGAGGAGGAGAAGGACAGUGGAGAGAAUGAGGAAAAGAAGAAGGACAAUCCUGGAGCUGUGACCAGCUGCAAGGUGGUGGUGACCAGAGAUAGUGGGCUGCAAGCCUCAGAGCCCACCAGUGUUUUCCUGGUGGAUCAUGCCUGGACAUACCGGGUGGACCACGCCCGGCAGCAGCUGGAGGAAAUCCCUGGCCUGCUGCCCAGAAUGACUUCCCUCAUGGGGGUGGACUUCCAUGGCGAGGCUCCCGACCCAGACACAGUAGAGCUGGUGAUGGAGCGCAUGUGGAAGUACAACCAGACUUACCACCUCUCUCAGGGGUCAGCUGAGGAGAAAGUUCCGGUGUGGUACAUUAUGGAUGAGUUUGGCUCUCAGGUGCAGCACUCUCACCAGCCCAGCUGCAGCAUGGCUCCCUUCUUCUACAUCCAGGGCCAGCUGCCCUACACUGUGCUGUGGCCUCUGCAGGACCUGCAGGAAGGAGAUGAGGUAACUCGUGAUUAUACGUAUGGAGAGACCAACCCACUGGUGAGGCGAUGCCGUCUGUUACCAUGGAUACCUGCCGAUCUAGAAGGUGUCAGCAGCAGCACCGCUGAGCCUCCAGACUCUUACUAUGAGACCAUCACAAGGGAAAACAAGGAGCAGCUUCCUGUAGAAGUCCAAGCCUUCACUGUUCCCAACGAUAAAAUCCUCAAGGUUUACUCUGAAAUGUCUCAAGUAACAAACAACCUGACACACCCUCGUUUCCAGCUGACAGAGGAAGAGGAGGAGGCCGAUAUCAUCUGGGGAUAUAAUCACAUCAAAGACUACAGGAAACUGAGUGAGGAGCGGCCUCAUGUCAUGCUCAACCAGUUUCCCUGUGAGAGCAUCGUCACAGUGAAGGAUUGUCUGGCUGCAGUGGCUCGCAGAGUGAAAGGUGGUCCAGCCCCUGACUGGCUACCAGAGACCUUCAACCUGCAGACAGAGCUGCCACAGUUCAUCAGGAAUUAUCAGCUGAGACAACAGAGGGGAGAAGAUAACCAGUGGAUCUGUAAGCCCUGGAACUUGACUCGUAGUCUGGACACACACAUCACCAACAAUCUGGACUACAUAAUCAGACAGAGGGAGAGUACACCAAAGGUGGUGUGUAAGUAUCUUGAAGAUCCAGUUCUGUUCAACAGAGAGGAAGUGGGAAUGGUGAAGUUUGACAUUCGCUACAUGCUGAUGCUGCGUUCUGUCCAGCCUCUGCGUCUCUUUGCCUAUAAUGUGUUCUGGUUGCGCUUUGCAAACAGACCUUUCUCCUUGGACCAUUUUGAUGAUUAUCAGAAGCACUUCACUGUCAUGAACUAUGCAGAGGGAGUGGAGCUUAAGCAGGUGCACUAUGAUGAGUUCAUCCCCAUGUUUGAGAAGCAGUACCCGCAGUAUCCUUGGAAAGAGGUGGAAGCGGACUUGUUCAAAGCUUUCAAGGAGCUCUUCCAAGCAGCCUCAUCUCGACCGGCUCCCUAUGGUAUUUGCAGUUACCCAUCAUCCCGAGCGAUCUACGCCGUAGACCUCAUGCUGAAGUGGAGUACAGCGCAAAAUGGUGAGCGGGUCAUGCAGCCUCAGAUCCUGGAGUUGAACUUCAGUCCGGACUGCGCCCGGGCCUGCCUCUACCACCCCUCCUUCUACAACCACAUGUUUCAGACACUGUUCCUGGAUCAGCCCGAGGACUGCCCGGUCACACAGAUCGUAUGAUAGAAUAGAAUAGAAUCACUUUAUUCAUCCCCGAAGUGAAAUUCAGUAAACCCAGCAUCACUUUAUCAAGAGACUUUCACUUCCCUUUUUGAUCAGUACUUCAAUAAAUUAUCUGUUUCUUUGUCAUUUUGCCAUCUACUCUCUGUUGUAGAAUGAUUAUGCCGCUUGUCAUCUAUUGGGUUGUUUUUAAAACUGCGAAUGAUUCAGCCAAAACACUGCUGUACAAAUGAGCAACAAUAAAAACACUGUUGGACAAACUAA